UUCGGUACAAGCCACGAAUAGGCACCAGAAAACUUCCUCCGGAAUCGUUCUGCGUAGAUUGUUAAAAAUGGUCGCCCCGUAGGUGAUCUGUCAAGCAAUCUUGUUCCAUUUUGUAAUUAUUAUGAACCGGUAGAUAAAAGUAUUCCAAAUUUUUAGUGUAUAACGCAUUUCAAGUUUAAAUUCGAGGUAAAUGUGUCUCGAAGAGUUCAAGGUUCUAUUUCGUCAGGCACUUUCCAAACUUUCAGUUUUUAUGUACACAUCCGAUUGUCUAUAAGAAUACCGAGAAGAAAAACGAUCCAUAUGGUUUUUUAUGUUUAAUUACAUGAGAUUGUUAAUUGAUCAAUGCAACUAAGAAUAACAAAACUAUAUGCACAAGAUAGAGUGUAUUGACAUUGGAUUAUCCUUUAGUAAAGGAUCAUUUAUAAAGGUGGUAUGAAAAUGAAGAUUCCAAGCAGUGGCUCUGGCAACGGAUACUACGGCCACGAGAAUAGUGUGAUAACAUACUUUGAUACUACCCUUGACACGGAAACUGAUGUGCAAGGGGCUAGUGAUGGAGAUUUUUCUGAAUAUCUUUGGAUGGAAAAUGAAGAAGAAUUUGAUAAACAGGUAUUACAACAAUUAGAAGAGGAAGAACUAAUGGAAGAAUGUCUUGAGGCGAUGUUAGAAGAAGAAAGACAACAUGAAAGAAACAUAAAUUCAACUGCCUGGUCAACUGCCACUAGUAUUCCAUACAAUAAUGGUGCUGAACUUUGUCAACAACUUAGUGACUUGAGAAUGCAUGAUGAUCUUGCAAAACAGAGUACAUUAAAUCCAGAUGCAGCUGAAUUUAUACCAGCAUUCAAGGCAACAGUGACGUCUGUAAGUACACCACCAGAAGUCACUGCUGAAUCAUCGUAGAGGGCCUACUUCUUUUUGUUUAAAACACUUAAAAUGAAGCUACUAUCGUAGCUAAAUUUUGCCAUCCUUGGUCAGGCAGUCGUAUUAACAAAAUCUAAUUAGGAACUAAAUGAUUGUGGCUAUACUUAAAACAGUAUGAAAUAAUAUGACAGUGGGUAGUAUGCGACAUUGUUAUUUAAUGUCGAAAAUUAGUAAGAUCAGUUGUAUAAUUACUGAUAGAUGCUGUACAUUACUCACAUCUUUAUGGACAAAAUAAUAUUAUACUAUAUUAUGGCCAUUUAAUUUUGUGCCGGAUCUGUGUUGACAGAAUUAAUAGCUACAUACAUAAGUUACUGAUUGCAUAAAUUUAUGUAGGUUACAUCCCUUUCAUUAUAUUUCUUCUCGAAUAUCAUUUCUUGCAUUCUUUACUGACAUUUUAUUGAAUAUAUUGCAAUGAUAUAUUAAAUCUGCUUCAAACUUAUAAGUGAUAAUUAUUUGAGUGCAUGGAAGAUACAUUAAACAUAUAAGAUUUUAUUAAUACCUUUAAAAACAAAAAAAAUAAAAAAAAAAAAAAAUAAAAAUAAAAAAAAAUAAAAAAAUUAAUGUGUUAAUGCAAUAUUACAAGUUACAUUUAUAUUUUAUGUAUGUAUACACUGAAACAAAGAAUACAAAGAAAACUCAAAUUGUUUGUUCUCUAAAAUGAGUUUUUUACAAUGUAGUACUUUUAAAGCUUUACAUAUCUCAUUAGCAAUUGAGAUAUUUAUGCAGAGUUCCUUUUAUUGAACUUAAUUUAUGAUUGAUAUAUUUUGCAGAAUCAUUGGUAAAAAUAUUGUACUUGCUUGUAAAAAAGAUUAUGUAAAAUAUUAACCAUGUGUCAAUAUACAAGAGAAUUUUUUAAUAGUUUAUAAUAUAUCACAUUAAUAUUAAUAAUACUAUUUAUAUUUCUCGAUGUAUCCAAUGAUGCAUAAUAUUCUGUUUAAAAUUAUAUUGUUGCAUUGAAAAACUUAUUUUUGAAAAUCAUACUAACUGUUUUUAAUUCUUUGUCAGCAAUCAUUUAACAAACUGAAGAUCUCAAGUGAAAGUCUUACUCAGGCUGUGAGGGACUCUCUUUGACUCUCCUUAGUUUUACUGAGAGAGUCAGUACAUUACAUACUUAUUUUCUAGAAGAAUUUCUAUAAGAUGAUGUAACAAAAUUUCGUAGGUUAUAAAUCGUAAAAUGUAUCCUUAUUGAAAUUUAAUGAAACAUAUAUAGUAUAAAUCAUGAAUGUACUUGCAGUAAUUUGUUUGAAUUGCAAGAAAGAUAAUGUUUAUAAUUUCUAUUAAAUUUAAUUUGGAAGUUUAUUAAAGAUUUAUUCAAAAAUUUUCCCAUAAAUUCAAUUACGUAGAGUAUCAAUUAGAAAUGUACCUAUAUAGUAUGCUAUAUGUUUUUUGUCUCCUAUUGUUUUACUUAUUUUCUUUUUUAAUUUUUUGUUCACUUAAAUUAUAGCAUAUUUCAAUUCAAUAUAAUGUUUAUUUUCAUUAUCAUUUUUGCAAUUCAAGAUCACACUGGUGAUGAAAGCAAAUUUGUCACAUACAUGUAAUAUAUAUAUAUGGAACUAUUAAAUAUGAAUAUAGAAAUUUUGUUAGUAAUCUCUCAAUAAAAAUUCUAAUGUCAUGAUAUCAUAAAAAUGCAUAAAAUAGUAUGUGGUAAAUAUGUUUUAUCGCAACCUUAUAUAGCCUGAAUGAGUGCUGUGAUUAUGAAAAUGAAGUAAACAGAUUUCAUUUAGUACAAUAUUGUUUGCAUUAAGACAUCACAUUAUAUUUGUUAUAUAUUAUGCUAGUAUGUUACCAUUCCUGCGCUACACGACUCAUUAAGUGAUUUUUUGCAUUAAAUCUUUUAUUAACCACUUUUUUAUCAUUGUUUAAAUUAUAAACCAUUAAGUGACUUUUUUCAACUUGAAUUCCUUUUGCAUAAUUAUUGCAUCUAUUUAUUGGAUGUACGUACAUUAGCCUUUAUCAAAAAAUAUGAGAGCAAGAUUUGAAAAUAAUUAUUUUUUAUUCUUCUCAAAUAUUAUGGUUCAACAAAAGAAAUUCAAGAAAAUUUAAUGAUCUCAUUGCACAUACCUUAUAAUUUGAAUUAAUGUGCGAUUGUAUAGAGACUGAUUUUUUGUCUGUAACAUUUUAGGUUCAGAUCUUCAGCUAAAUCUCAUAUGGAUAUUCAAUUCUACUUUGAAAUUGCCAAUCUAAUCUCUAUAUGGAAACCAAUGGGCAACUGAAAAUAUUACUCACUCUCUCUCUCUCUCUCUCUCUGUCUCUUUCUGCAUAGUAUAAAACUGAGCAAGCAUGGAAUGACUCUAAUUCUUAGAGAAUUUUAUACUGUCAAGUAAAAAAUUGCUAUUUGUAAAAGAAUUGGAAGUAGAAUUCAUUCAUGAUAUAUAAGAAACAAAAAAAAAAAAUAAAAAAUAAAAAAAAUAAAUAAAAUAAAUAAUAAAAAAAAAAAAAAAAAA